CGACGCAUUCAAUCACAGAACUUCGGGAAGUGCGCGUGUAGAGUUACUAGUUAUUUGUGCAUUCUUCUACUUCGUGCUGUACAUCGUUAUACCCGUUAAACUCUGUACAAAAUAAGUUGAUUUUACAUAAGUGACAGGAGAAUCUUUUUAUAAUACAAACUUUGCGGUCGAACAUUCGGACGAGGAAAUCGCACACCACAUCCGCACAAGAAAACGACGUGAUCUGACUACUUUAUAAAGACGACGUUGAAACACAUGUGCGAUAAUAGUGAACAGCACCGUUUGCAGUAAGGCUGAUGUUUGACAACUAAAUACGAAGAAAGGAAACGAUUAUAGUCCUGUUACUACUAUGGACGACGACAUAGGGCAGAAGCUGCAGUCGAUGAAUCUUAGCGGCUGUAGCCAGAAUUUGACAGUGAAACAAAAUAUGGUUUAUAAGAAUUUAAAUGACUAUCAAAAGACGGCGUAUAAUGAUAUAAACAAACUGCUUAAAGAAUCGAAGGAUAAAGUUAUCCUGAUCGAUGCACCAAGUGGAAGCGGUAAAACAUAUCUUUUGUGCACUUUAGCUACAAAUUAUGAUGCGGCGGUAAAAUUUGUCGUCUUCAGGAAGGACCAAGCAAGUCAAAUUGCGAAAUUGAAGAAUGUUAAUGCGUACACAUACAUAUCCUUUAAUAUGCAUCAUUUUAAUUUAUCGUACAAACUUGCGAUUCAAAUGUUUCGCCAGCACAUUACAAAUAACAUCAAGGAACUUUAUUGGUUAAUUGUAUACUCGAAGAAAUUUGUGACAUUUGAUAAGGAGGGUAGCGUUAUGAUUGUGGACGCGUACACUAUACCUUCUCCGGUUAUGUUGCUUUUGUUGUACAUAGUGUCGAUUAAAAAUCAUAUGCAUUUAAUCUUUGCCGGAAAUAAAAUGCAACUGAAUGCUAUUUGCAAAUCGACAUUACAUAAUGAAAGCAACUUUUAUAUCAUUCAAUUAUUUGCCGACUUGACGAUAAAUAGAUUAUCUGAAAAUAUGCGAACGUACGAUAGCGUGCUAGAUUAUAAAAUAUUGCAGUUUCGUGAGAAACUUCUAAAUUGUAAAUCUGCUGGAGAUGUUAAGUUUAAUUUCGAUCUUCGUUACCUUUUGUAUACCCUCUUCGAAGACAAGUACAAUGCCGAUGAGCGCUUCGAUACACUGUACAUAGCUCAAAAACAUAUAGACAUUACUGCUCGUUUGCAUCGUUUCGUUCUGUAUCUGAAUUCAAUUGGCAUGUCAUACGUUCAGUCACCAUUUCACUAUGAGCAUCAACAACGCUGGUAUUCUCUUCCUGUGAAUGUCAGAGCUAAAUUUUUCCCUUACUUACUUUUGGUAGAAGGUUACAAGUACAUCUAUGUUGAUGUAAAAGGCGUUCACGAUGUUGUUAUAUUGAAACAAAUAAUCUUCGAUAGUGAUUGUCAACCUUUACCACCUUGUUCGUUGGAACCAACUACUCUGUUGGUUCAAUCUGUAAAUAAUAAUUGCACGAUGAAAAUUGAACGAUGCGUGCUUAAUUACUAUCAGAUUUUACCAGCCUAUCGGAAUUGGUUGCUGCGAGAUGUUGGUUUGAAUGCCAAUUUAUCGCAAUUUCCCCUGCGUCCAUACGUGCUGACGUAUCAUGCGACGUUAGGUCGGACGAUCGAGAAAGAAGCGGUAGAGCUCUGCACUGACUGUACACAUGCCAACUUUAUGUACGUUGGUAUUUCAUGUGUUCGCGAGUAUUCUGCUAUUCACAAAAUUCACGAUAAACAAAAUCUUCCAGAUUAUGUCCUGACACAUUAUAUGGCGAAAAAACAAAACGAUAACAGAUAUUAUUACCGUUUUCCGACGAAGGAUCCCAAUAGAGAUGAAAUUUUGAAACAUAUUUCUAGUGGUACUGUUAUUAACUACAUAGAUAAUAUCCAAUGGAAAGAUGUGAAGGAUGUAAGCCAAUUUGAACGGCAAAAAUUAGGCUCUUAUAUACGUAUCGAACGAAGUGCGUACAACCACACUAACAAAGAAACGACUACACCGUUAAUGCAAAUCGUGAAAUUUGUCAGAGAUAAUCCAAAUGUGAUACGUGAAGUAAUUAAGAAUGCACCAGUUGAAGAUUUCAGAAUUUUCAAUAAUAACAUGAAUAAUGAUAAUAAUAAUAAUGCGAAGAACAAAAACGGGAACAAACAGCAACAAAAGAAACAAUACACCGAGUCAAAGGCAUACGUUUACUUAAAAGAUAAAUAUGCCGAGUGGUUCGAUGCAAACGAGAAAUCUGAAUAAAUAUUCGUACAAACUUCA